CUGGGGUUUCCUGUGUUGCAGGCGGAGUCUUUACUGUCUGAGCCACCAGGGAAGCCAUGUGCGUGCUGGUGGAUUUAAAGACUUAGUCUCUGACUCUCUUCUCUUCUCAUUUUUCAGCCUCUUCCACCACUGUUGUGGGUUCCAUUACUAUCGACAUGCUGACAAUUUCCAAAUGUCUGUCUCUAGCCAAGACCUCUCCUUGAACUCUUAACAUUCUUUCCAACUGCCUAGUUUACAUUUCCACUUGGAUAUCCAAUAAACAUCUCAACUUCACACAUUCAAAACUCAAUUCCUGAUUCUUUCUACCUCCUGCAAUUUUUCCCACUUCAGUAACACCACUAACUGUAUAGUUGCCUGGGCCAAAGCCUUUAGAACCAUCCCUGGCUUUUUGCCUCUUAUGCACCCUGCAUGCAGUCCAUCUGCACACUUGUGGGCUUUACCAUCAGAGCACAUAAAGAAUACUUAUGUACAUAAGUACAUAAUACUUUAUGUACAUAAAGCGUACUUGUGUACACUUCUGCUGCCACUACCCUGGUCCAAGUCACCUCCAUCUUUCAUGUGAAUUGUUCAAUAGCCUCCUAGUCUUAAUGCCUAGUCCCCUGUCCCAUAUAGUCUGUCCUCAACCUAGAAGCCAAGCAAUCCUUUGCAAAUAUGUUAGUUCAGAAUGCUCCCUUUUCCCCAGUCCUCCAGUAGCCUUCCCAUUUCACAAAAGCCAACAAGGCCUUUGCUUAGCAAGCUCUGGGCAACCUCUCUGACCUUAUUUCCUGCCACUUUCCCCUAGUUAUAUGGCUGUAGCUAUACUGGCCUCCUUGUAGCUGCCACGGGGCCUUUGUACUUGUCAUUUGGGUGAGCUCUAUGAGGGUCAGGACUUUGGUCUUUUCACUCCUCUGCCUCUAGCAGACAAACUGGUGGACUAGUGGCUUGUUGCUUUCAUUUCACAGAUGGGGAAACUGGAAAACAGGAGUGAGCACAUGGAUGAUGGGCUUAAAGAAGACGUGUGUGACCAUGGACCAGGAACGCCCACGCUCUGAUCUCAGCAUAAACAGCAGAAACGAUCUCCGAAAGGUUUUGCAUCUUGAAUUUCUCUACAAGGAGAACAAGGCAAAGGAAAAUCCUCUAAAAACAAACCUUGAACUCAUUACCAGAUACUUUCUGGAUCACUUUGGGAAUAUUGGUAACAAUGUUACUCAAGAAACACCAAUCCCUGCACUCUCAGUACCAAAGAAAAGUAACAAACUACCAUGGAGAAGCUCAGAGACUGCUUUGAUAAACAUAUAUGACCUUGCAGAUGAAGAUGAGAGCUGGAGAACAUCAUUGUCAGAAAUAAGUAAAACCAGACAAGACAGUCUUGAUGGGGAUGUACUUGGUCAUUUUGUAUCAUCCAAAAGGUCCUCGCACAAAAGUAGGCCCAUAAAGACUGUCCCAGGUGAAGGCCCCCCUGUGGCUUCUGCUUGGGAGAAGAUGGACAAGCUUCCAAUGUCAGAGCCUUCCUUGGACACGAAGAGGAUGGGAGAGAAGGUCAGGCCAAAGUCUGGGCUGAUUGUCCGAGGCAUGAUGGCUGGGCCCAUUGCCAGCUCCCCACAGGAUUCCCUCCGCAGACGCUCGCUGAGGCGGUCCCCGGCCUUGAGCAGUGCUGCCCAGCCUCACAAGGAAGGGAGCCCACAAGAGCCCGAGCUCUCUACUCACACUUCCAGCUGUCCCGCCCUGCCGGAGGGACCAGCUUCCAGCACCGCCCCCACCUCUAGGAGCCCCCGGGGCCCGCUCAUUGAGCUGGCCAGGGAAAGACGGAGAGCCUCACCUGGCAGCCCGCCUCACCUGCCAGGCAAAGGGCUACCCCCCAGGGGGAGUGGCAGGUGGGGAGACCUUUCCGAAGACAGUCCAGCCAUGGACGGUGGCUCAGAGGCCAACAAAACUGCUUCGAAGUUCUCCCUGUCCAAUGGGAAUGUCCUGAUGACCCAGGAGAGGCCGGAGGGAGUGUUUGAACGGCAGGGGAGCCAGCCCCCAUCCCUCAGGAAAAAUCAGCUGUCAGUGUCCAACAAGGUCAAAGGUGAUCUGGAUGUGCUGCAGCUUGAGGAUGUGGAAGAUGAACUGGUAAGGGAAGAAAUCAUCCUGUCUCCAGUCUCAUCAAUGCGCAAGCUGCAAGUAGUAUCCACGCCCAUCGACCUCUCGGUGGCGAAGGACAUAAAGACCAUUCUGUUUGGUUCCAGCUUUUGCUGUUUCAACGAAGAGUGGAAACUUCAGAGUUUUUCCUUUAAUGACUCAGUAUCCUUAAAAUAUGGCAUUGUGCAGAACAAGGGUGGUCCCUGUGGGGUCCUGGCGGCUGUCCAGGGCUGUGUCCUGCAGAAACUCCUGUUUGAAGGAGAUAGCAGUUCUGACUGCACUCGGCUGCAGCCUUCAGACGCUCGCAGGACCCAUUGCCUGGCCCUGGCCAUUGCAGACAUUGUGUGGCGGGCUGGGGGCCGCGAGAGAGCCGUGGUCACACUGGCUUCGGGAACACAGCACUUCAGUCCAACAGGGAAAUACAAAGCAGAUGGAGUCUUAGAAACACUCAUCCUCCACAGUUUGACCUGCUAUGAGGAGCUGGUGACUUUUCUUCAGCAGAGCAUCCAUCAGUUUGAAGCAGGCCCUUACGGAUGUGUCCUGCUCACACUGUCGGCCAUCCUGUCCAGAUCCACAGAGCUUGUCCGCCAGGACUUCGACGUCCCCACCAGCCACCUGAUUGGAGCACACGGAUACUGCACACAGGAACUUGUCAAUCUGCUCCUGACCGGGAAGGCCGUGUCCAAUGUUUUCAACGACGUGGUGGAGCUGGAUUCUGGGAACGGGAACAUCACGCUCCUCAAAGGCAUCUCCUCACGCAGCGACAUAGGCUUCCUGUCCCUCUUUGAGCACUACAACGUGUGCCAGGUGGGCUGCUUCCUGAAGACCCCGAGGUUCCCCAUCUGGGUGGUGUGCAGUGAGAGCCACUUCAGCGUCCUCUUCAGCCAGCAGCUCGAGCUGCUGCGAGAUUGGAGGACCGAGCGGCUCUUCGACCUGUACUACUACGACGGCCUGGCCAACCAGCAGGAGCAGAUCCGGCUGACUGUCGACACCACCCAGACCGUUCCUGAGGACAGAGACAACGGCCUCGUCCCUCCCCUUGAGCUCUGCAUCAGAACCAAGUGGAAGGGCGCAUCAGUGAACUGGAAUGGCUCGGAACCCAUCCUGUGACCCUCUGUGGGGAUGAGCCUCAUGGCUCCACCUCUUAUCACUAGGGGUGAUGGCGGAGCCCCGGGCCUCAGGGACAAGUCGGGGCCAGCACCUGAACCAGCACUGCCACACAAGUGUCCGAAACCUGCCUGCCUCUUCCAUGAAGAGCCUGCCGGGGAGCGAUUCGGGCCCAGUGCGCUGCUGUGUAGCCCCUCCCAGCUGAGCUGUGACUGCCAAGGGAGGCUGGUGGGAUCUCUGCUGCCUUUUCUGUGCAUCCCUCCCUGACUCCGUCAGGCCGUCCCCUCAUCAGACCUCUGAUGUGGUCAGCCGAGGGAUCCAGGGCACUCGUUAUUUCUGAGAGUUGGUUUCUAUAAACCAUGAGUCGGAUCUUU